GACUCUGACUUUGACUUUACUUUUUUACAGUUUAAACUCUAGUCUAGACUGUAACGAUUGUAAACGGAACUGUAGUGAGCUUGGCAAAAAAGAGCGAGUACAGGGAUGCAGAAUAUGUCACAACACGUCUGAGGUCAUAUCCGGUUUAUUGUCGGCUCUGCUCCUGAAGUUCGCAGUUUGAUUUGUUAUGCCUGUGAAGUAAAAUAAAUACGGCCCUUUAACUCAGGGACAUAUAGCUUAACGGGCAUUGUGUACCAGCGAGAAGUAAACAUGUUUUCUCUGUCAAUGACAUUCCAACCACAGCUUCCAGAUGGGGAAACUGCGUCAAUGAGCGACAUGUUUGACUACUGGUGACUGUACCUCUAAGCCACCUCAUCAAUGUCCUCCACUCUAUGAAGAGCUCAGUGGGAAGCAGCAUCAGUGCCUCCUGCAGAACUCACAAGGAGCAUGCCUCAGACUCAGAACUACACCGCACAGAGCCCAUGUUGAACCUGCGUGAGCUUGGCCUAUCAGACCUGCGAGCACAGGAGCUGGAGGAGCUGGUGAGCAGUGUGUUACCACGUCUGAGUCCACAGGACGCACCACUUCCAUUGGAUGGACAGACGGCUUGGAGGACGUCACAUCUCUCGACACACUCAUUUUACCACAACAAACAUGGCUUCUCAUGUGGUGCAAUGCCCCUGUCUUAUUCCAGGCAGCACCCUUCACCUCUUCAGUCUGUCUGCAAAGAGCUGAAACACUGGCCAGUGUGGGUCCCCACCAGAGGCUUUAAAACUUUAAAGAGCAAAACCAGACGACUGCAGUCGGGCUUAGACCGGCCCCUGGAGUCUGAGGGCUUCACUCCGACCUUCAUGAAGGGUUUCCUGACACGAGACAAGGGGGUUGAAAUUGAGAAUCUAGACAGCCUGGUUAAGAUAAAGAACAUACCAGAUGGACAGCAGGAUUCUUUCAAGAGGGGCUUCGCUGAAGGUUUCCUGAAAGCCCAAACCCUGACACAACGCACACAAGACUCCCUCAAGAGGACUCGUCUCAUCCUGCUGGUGCUGCUUCUUGCUGGGCUCUACGGUCUCUCCAAGACCCCCUUCGUAUCGGUACGGUUCCGAACCACAUCAGGAUUGGACUCGGCUGUGGACCCGGUCCAGAUGAAGAACGUGACGUUCGAGCACGUCAAGGGGAUAGAUGAAGCUAAGAACGAGCUGCAGGAUGUGGUGGAGUUCCUGAAAAACCCGGAUAAGUUCACCGUCUUGGGAGGAAAGCUGCCAAAAGGUGUUCUUCUGGUCGGACCGCCUGGGACCGGAAAGACUCUCCUGGCGCGAGCGGUGGCUGGAGAGGCCGAUGUGCCUUUUUACUACGCCUCUGGGUCCGAAUUUGACGAGAUGUUUGUUGGAGUAGGUGCCAGCCGCAUCAGGAAUCUUUUUAGGGAGGCUAAAGCAAACGCUCCCUGUGUGAUCUUCAUCGAUGAGCUGGACAGCGUGGGGGGGAAGAGGAUCGAGUCUCCCAUGCACCCUUACUCCAGACAGACUAUCAACCAACUCCUUGCUGAGAUGGAUGGGUUUAAACCAAAUGAAGGUGUGAUCAUCAUCGGAGCAACUAACUUCCCGGAGGCUUUGGAUAACGCUCUGAUCCGCCCAGGACGCUUUGACAUGCAGGUGAACGUCCCCAAACCAGACGUGAGAGGACGCACAGAGAUCAUCAACUGGUAUCUGAGGAAGAUUAAAGUGGAUCCAGCUAUUGAAGCCAACAUUAUUGCCCGGGGCACCGUGGGCUUCUCUGGCGCUGACCUGGAAAAUCUGGUCAACCAGGCAGCCCUGAAGGCAGCCGUGGAUGGCAAAGACAUGGUCACCCUGAAGGAGAUGGAGUUCGCUAAGGACAAAAUCCUCAUGGGCCCUGAGAGAAAGAGUGCUCAAAUAGACAAGAAGAACAAGACCAUCACUGCGUACCAUGAAUCCGGCCAUGCCAUUGUCGCCUACUACACCAAAGAUGCCAUGCCCAUUAACAAGGCCACCAUCAUGCCCAGAGGUCCGAGCCUAGGACAUGUCUCUAUGCUCCCGGAGAACGACCGCUGGAGUGAGACUCGCUCUCAGCUGCUGGCCCAGAUGGACGUCAGUAUGGGCGGCCGUGUGGCGGAGGAGAUCAUAUUUGGCAGUGAAUACAUCACAACAGGUGCAUCAAGCGACUUCGAUGGUGCCACAAAGAUCGCUAAGAUGAUGGUGACCAGAUUUGGAAUGUGUGAAAAGCUGGGUGUGAUGACCUACAGCGACAUGACGGCCCAGAGCCCGGAGACACAAGCAGCUGUGGAGCACGAAGUCAGGGUGUUAUUAAAGGAUUCUUACGAGCGUGCCAGAGCCCUGCUGAAAUCUCACGCCAAAGAGCACAAAAACCUGGCAGAGGCUCUGCUCCUGUACGAGACGCUGGAUGCCAAGGACAUCCGGCUGGUCCUGGAGGGCAAGACCCUGGAGACCAGAUGAAAGAGCGCCAAUCAGAGGGUAGCACCAGAGCAGGGGGGGGAGGGGGCGGGGUUUUAAGCGCUCAGGGGUCAUGGAAAAGAGGAAAAGACUCUAUUCAUGAAUCGAAGAGGUAAAAAACUCAUUGUCUGCUUUCACAAAGCGAUGAUGUAUAGAGCCGUCAUAUCGUCAUGCUGUCACGUCUGUGUAACCUCAUCAUUAUUUCCACAUCUUUGUUGUGUUGCACUUUAAUAUGAUUUUCCUGCUGCUGUUAGUUCACUAUAUGACGAGGGCUCACAGGAGAAAUGCCUAAUGAUAAGGAAAAGUCGCUCAGGUCACUUCGUCCUUCAGUGGUAGGAAAUAUAUGUGAAUGUAGGGCUGCAACAAAUGCUUAUUAUCAUUAUCAACGAUCUACUGAUUAUUCCCUGGAUUUAUCAGUCUUGUCUGUAGGGCAUCUGUCUCAUUGACAUCCAAAAGAAAAUACACCCAUACAUUUGUUCGAUUGAUCUCACUUGAGAUGUUUCAAUACUACUUGGAAAUGGGUUAUUUCAGUACCUUAGCCUAAUAAAAAGUUAGAACAUAGGGAACGUUUUUAUCCCAGUCAACAGUGGUGUCUUUAAAUGGCUUGUUGAGUCAUUCCAAACCCAACAUUUGUUUUAAUUUAAUAAAAUGAAAAGCAGGAAAUCUACACGAGUAUGAACAAAAGCCUUUCCUGCCAUUUUUUCAUGUAAAAUGACCUUUAUGAUUAAUGCAUUAUCAAGCGAUUGGCAAACGUUCUUCCGUCAUUUGACUUGAUUGUGUUAAUUGUUAUAAAAGGGAUUUCAAAUAUGGUCAAAUUCUGUGCAGCCUGGUCUCUUAAAAUUCCUAUACUGUCGAUGCGAAAUACUGAGCGGUAUUUAUCUUUAACCCAAAGAGCUACUUGGUAAUCAUUGCAACAAGUCCUCACGAAAUCACAACCCCUAUUUAGUUGUCUUGUAUACAUAUUUUUGGUCUAGUUUUUCGAUUUUUUUAUGACACUUCUAGUGUGUGUCUCAAUUUGGGCACCCAAAAGUGGCACAAUGGGGUGCUUGACUUGGUCUUACCAUCAGAUUCUAAGUAUCCUGGAUCAUAAAUCAUGUUUAUAUCCUCCCGUUCCCCUCUGUUGUGUCACUCAUUCUUAUUUUUAAAUGUGGCCUUUUUUGGGGAAUGAACUUUAAUUGUAUGUAUUUCCUUUUUAAAAGACUAGGUCUGACAAGUUAAACUAUAGCAUCUCAACAUUUUGGGUAAACAUUCAAAAGCACUUCUGCACUCUAUUAUUUUAUUUAUGCUGUGAAAAAUGUCUGAUAAUCUGAAAAAGCAUGCACCAAAUACAAGCUGUGUUUAUGUAGUGAUAAAGCAUUGGGAUUUGAGGAUUUAAGUUGUAAUGCUCAAGCCUAAUUUAUUUAAAUAGAGUUAGGCUUCCGAAAAGCCUCUGAAGAACAUCAGUGUUUCUUGUAAUAGCAAAUUAGUUGAUGAAAAUCUCUUAAUCUUUAAAUUAUUGAUUAAAAACAACAGUCAGUUAUCAGUUUAUUGUCCAUUGGCUUCUUUUCUUUUCUUGGUAAUUUGAGGCAGAGAUCUUGAAUUUCCCAUUGUUAAGCCAAUACAGCAGUGUAUGAUGAGCGCUAUUUAACAUUUAAUUGAAAGUAUAGCUUUUGUCAAAAUGACCACCAGCAUAUGUACUUUAUUGUGUUGCCCUUUUCCCUUUCUUUGCUUCAUUUUGACUUUAUUUCUUCAGUUUACUGGCCUUUUUAUCCCUGUUUUGCUGUAUAUAUGAUUUGUUGGUGUUGAGAACAGUGUAUAUAGAUGUAUAGCAAUGCUUUUAUGCUGUGCACAUUGAAUGGCUCUCUGCUGUUGAUGGACAGAGUCUCUCAACAAUCUGAUGGCAAUGGUUGAUGAAUGUUUGAGCAGCUCAAAUAAAUAAAAAGAAGCCCAAAAAUG